AUAAACCUCCAUCUGAGGUGCCAUUGCUCAUCCAGACAUUAAAUCAUGAUUAUCCAGAUCCCACUGAUUUAUUGACAAAAGCCACUAAGUGGCGAAACAUGGUACACACCAAGUGCUCAGCUAUCUGCAGUUGUCGUUUUUCUUCUCUUCCAAAUGAACCCGUCUCAUCAUCUGUAUUUGGAAUAUCUCCCCGAUAUCUGUUCAAAACAUGGCUUGUAUUGUAGAGAAACAACACCUUCAACACACAAAAUGGGCAGCAAUUAUUUAAUAAGAGUGGGUGAAUGGCUACAAAAUAUUAAACAAGAAGAAUCCAGAUGGGGUGCAGGUGCUGUAAAAUGUUACAAAGCUACAUCUUUGAUCCCCAAGAAGUGCAGACAUCUGACUACAUCACUGAAAUAACCAACUGCAAAUUUGAUGAACAAGAUGGAGGCAAAUUCAAAAGCAAACUCAUCAAUGACAUUCCAGUACACAAAAACAAAUUGCAGAAUUCUGAGGUACAAACAGCAGCAAACAGGAACAAAUUAAACAGCACUAAAGAUGCUGUUCAAAACCACAGAGGAACUGCUCUUCAUGAGGAAGGGCUUGGGAACUCUAUUGAAAAGUGCAAUGGUAUCCAUUCCUACCCCAAUCUCAACACAAACCACAGUGCACAUUUAUACUCCAAUGAAUUAUCCAAUUCUUCAGUUAAAAGGGUUUCUGAACCACAGACUUAUGAUAACCAUGAAACCAUAAAGAAUGAAGGUCCGCCAAAGCUAUUGUUAGGAACAGCACAAACUGUCCACCUUAAGGAAUCUCAGCGCACAGAUGAAAACACUUCUUCCAUUCAAGGUGCCAUACAGGAUGGCCAAAGCAAUCUGUCUGGACCCAGUGAUCCCAGUGACAUUGGCAAACUAAGAGCUGUCAAAAGCAAGAACCCAUCAAGCCAUCAUACGCAUGCAGAGCAAAGCACAGAAUGCACAGAUGUGAGCCAACAUAGUAGAGACCUGCCAUCGUGGGAGUCUAAAAGCUGUGAUUCAAGAGGAAAAACAUGUAGGACAGGCCUAUUAAAUCCUUGUUUUGAGGACAAAAUGGCCAGUGAUAUCAUGUCUCCAGGUACCAAGGCAGGUGCAGUGUCUGAAGCCAAAUAUGAUGGCCAUGAAGAGGUUAACGGAGAGCUAGAGGUGGAGGAUGCAGAUGUUGCUGAGGCUCUGGCAGCACUUGAGGCUGCCACAGCAGGAGAAGAUUCAGAGGAGGAGGAGGGUUAUUAGAUGACUACUAGGAUAUUCCUAAGGAUCUCUCCAGUUGUUUGAAAUGCUAUACUGGGGGCCCAACCUUUGAGGACAACAGUUAGGAUCUUUGCCCAGUACAUCCACAACUGGAAAGAAUAAAUUAUCACUGGGUGACUUACUUAGCAAGAGAAGCCACUGUGCUACCCAUCACUGUGCUUUCUCCAAAACACUGCUGAGGUACUUACAUCACCCAGACUAAUGCUUUUGUGCCAGCUGACUAAACCACAGUGAACAGAUAAUAGAUCAAGAUUUACUGGCAGGUCUCUGGGUGAUUUGCAACAGACUUCAAACUUCCACCCUUUAUUGUGUUUACAACAGCAGCAAAAUGAUUCUUUCAUGGCUGCUGACAUGAAGAAAACUUGGGGCAAUCAGGAAUAGACCUUUGUGUGCAACAGACUGUUGCCUCAGUCCAGUUCUGGUACCGAUCAUGAAUUCCUUGGCUGCUCUUUAAUUUUAAAAGUAUGUAUUUUGUAUAAAGUAGUUUCACCAAACCUGAGGUCUCUUUCCGCCCUGUCCCCCAUUGUGAGAUGCUGCUCCUUCUUGCCAAGAUAGUUUCUUUCUUCUAUUUGCAGAGAUGGUGGCGGCACCAGCUGUAAUGAUUACCAAAAACAAUUGUUAAAGAACAAUUGUUCUUUCACACAGAAAGCACUUAGAUUUUGGUCAAAUUCAAUUCCACUUGAAAUAAAAAGAGGACAACCUUGAUUAAUAUAGUCCCUUUAGGGCAGUAAUGAAAAAGUAUGUUGAAUUUUUAUCCUGACACACUUCCAGAUCAUAGAGGAAUUUUCUUGAUCCUCCAAGGCUUACAUGGUCUAGGACAUUCCACUAUUCACAAAGCAAACCUGCAAAAUUGCCAAUUAUUAUUAUUAUUAUUAUUAUUAUUAUUAUUAUUAUUAUUAUUAUUAUGGUAUUUAUACCCCACUCUUUAGCCCUAAAGGCUAUCAGAACGGCUUACAAUUAUUAUUUUUAAUUAGAUGGUU